AUGGCUACGGUUGGAAUUGUCUUUACCAACAAGGCCAUAUUCUCUGACCCUACUCUUCGACGUUGUCAAUUCUCGUUCGCCUCGUUUCAUUUCCUUGUAACAUGGCUUACCCUGCAUGUCUUGGCAAAAUCUCCUCUGAGUCUCUUCGCCCCUCGCCGAGCAGCCACGAGACAGAUGAUACCCUUGGCUAUGGCCAUGUGCUUCAAUGUCAUCCUUCCCAAUAUGUCCCUGGCCUACUCAUCGGUAAUGUUCUAUCAGCUUGUCCGUAUCCUGGUGACACCAGCUGUCGCUCUCAUGAAUCUCUUGCUCUACAGAGAAAUAUUACCGUUACCAGCGGUGUUUGCUCUCGUCCCGGUCUGCGUUGGAGUAGGACUGUUUACUUACUCUGAUUCAUCAAGAACGUUUGAUGGAGUAGUCAGCCAGACAUCUACACUGGGCGUUGUCUUUGCAUUUACAGGUGUUUUCGCGUCGGCUCUGUACACCAUUUGGAUUGCGAGUCAUCAUCGGAAGCUUCAAAUGUCGAGCAUGCAACUCUUAUAUAACCAAGCCCCAAUCGCCUCCUUAUUGCUUCUCUACGUCAUUCCAUUCCUCGAUGUAUUUCCAGAUCAGAGGACAGUCCCCAUCGAUCGAUGGCUCAUGAUAGCCUUGUCCGGAGUCCUCGCUUCUCUGAUCAACAUUUCUCAGUUCUACAUCGUUGCGCAGACAGGCCCUGUGUCUAGUACUGUCGUUGGCCAUGUCAAGUCUUGUACCAUCGUGGCAAUGGGUUGGGCCCUGUCAGGGAGGGACAUCAAUGAAAAGAGUGUGGCGGGAGUGUUCAUCGCCGUGGGAGGCAUUAUUGUGUGGGUUUAA